GUAGUCUCACGCUCAGGGGGGAGGAGAGGCGCAAAGGCAAAGAGGUCAAGAGGAGGGGAGCACGAACCACGUGUGCUCCUUGCCAUGUACAGCGCUGUCCUUCCUCCGUGCACUUGUUUGUGUCAGCCUGCACCCCUCCUCGCACAUCGCGUUAUCCGAAGAAUUUGUUUUUAACUGCUGCGAUUAUCACACACCGAAGCAGAGCUGCGGGGGGAAAUUUCUGUCGCCACACUGACUGCCGACCAUGGUGAGCAAGACAGAUGACAUCCCGGCGUCAGUGCCUGACUGUAAUCCGGUUGAUCUUGCGGAUAAAGCCGGGGAUGGAGCCCAGGACGGCGAGACGCAGCUGAAGGAUCCCUGCGAGCACAGUGCAGAAACAGCAAUGGUGAACGGCGAUGGAGCUCACGACCAUGCGGAGGAGGCAGAACCGAAGCAGGAUGGGAACGGCGAGGCAGACGCCGGCGACGAUUCCAACGAACAGGAAGUUAUCGUGAUCCAGGACACCGGCUUCACAGUUAAGAUUCAAGCACCUGGAACCGAGCCAUUUGACCUGCAGGUGUCUCCCCAAGAAAUGGUGCAGGAAAUCCAUCAGGUUUUGAUGGAUCGGGAGGACACGUGCCACCGGACCUGCUUCUCUCUGCAGCUGGAUGGAAACGUCCUGGACAACUUUGCGGAGCUGAAGUCCAUCGAAGGCCUGCAGGAGGGCUCCCUGCUCAAAGUGGUUGAAGAGCCUUACACAGUGCGUGAAGCUCGGAUCCAUGUGCGCCACAUCAGAGACCUGCUGAAAAGCUUGGACCCCUCAGACGCCUACAAUGGCGUGGACUGCAACUCCCUGUCUUUCCUGAGCUUCUUCACUGAUGGAGACCUAGGAGAAAGUGGGAAGCGGAAGAAGAAGGGGAACGAGCUGGAACAGAUUGACUGCACCCCCCCUGAGCACAUUUUGCCCGGAAGCAAAGAGCGCCCCCUACUGCCUCUGCAGCCACAGAACAAAGAUUGGAAGCCAUUGCAGUGCCUGAAGGUCCUGACUAUGAGUGGCUGGAACCCCCCACCUGGAAACAGGAAGAUGCACGGUGAUCUCAUGUACCUGUACAUCGUAACUGUGGAGGAGCGCCAUGUCAGUGUCACCGCCUCUACACGCGGCUUCUACCUCAACCAAUCAACUACCUACACCUUUAACCCCAAACCGGCCAACCCCAGCUUCCUGAGCCAUUCUCUGGUGGAGCUGCUGAGCCAGAUCAGCCCUGCCUUCAAGAAGAACUUCACUGCCCUGCAAAAGAAAAGAGUCCAGAGACAUCCGUUCGAGAGGAUAGCCACGCCUUUCCAGGUGUACAGCUGGACUGCUCCACAGGUGGAUCAUGCUAUGGACUGCGUUCGGGCUGAGGAUGCCUACACCUCCCGCCUUGGUUAUGAAGAGCACAUACCUGGACAGACCAGAGACUGGAAUGAGGAGUUGCAGACCACCAGAGAGCUGACCAGGAAGAACCUGCCUGAGCGCCUGCUGAGGGAGAGAGCCAUAUUCAAGGUUCACAGUGACUUUGCAGCUGCUGCCACUCGGGGUGCCAUGGCGGUGAUUGAUGGGAACGUGAUGGCCAUCAACCCCGGGGAGGAGACUCGCAUGCAGAUGUUCAUCUGGAACAACAUCUUCUUCAGUCUGGGCUUUGAUGUGCGGGACCACUACCGUGAGCUGGGUGGGGACGCGGCCGCCCACGCCGCUCCCACCAAUGACUUGAACGGCGUGCGAGCGUAUGGGGCGGUGGACGUGGAGGGCCUGUACACUUUAGGGACAGUGGUGGUGGACUACAGAGGCUACCGGGUGACAGCCCAGUCCAUCAUCCCCGGCAUCCUGGAGCGCGAGCAGGAGCAGAGCGUCAUCUACGGCUCCAUCGACUUUGGGAAGACUGUUGUGUCUCACAGCAAAUACUUGGAGCUGCUUGAAAAGACCAGCCGGCCGCUGAAGAUCCAGCGGCAUAGCGUUCUGAAUGAGAAGGACGAGAAGGUGGAGCUGUGCUCCUCCGUCGAAUGCAAGGGUAUAAUCGGGAACGACGGCAGACAUUACAUCCUGGACCUUCUUCGUACCUUCCCUCCCGACCUAAACUUCCUGCCGGUUGAUGGAGAGGAGCUCUCAGCGGAGAGCAAGCGGCUCUGCUUCCCUCGUCAGCAUCGUCAUCGCUUGGCUUGUCUUCGCCAAGAACUCAUCGAGGCCUUCGUUGAGCACAGGUAUCUGCUUUUCAUGAAGAUGGCAGCGCUGCAGCUCAUGCAACAAAAAGCAAACAAAGACUCUAACAAGAGCGACGUGCCCUCCAUCACUGAAACCUCCGACACGCCCACAGAGACCAGCGCAGACACAAACCAGACACAGACUGCUGCUGCAGAGGCUUUAAACGCAACAGAAGCCUCCACCAACAGCACAAGUCAGAGCGACGGCAGCACCCCCGCUGCCUCACAAACGGAAACUCAAAAGGAGGAAAGCUCCUCGAAGCCCACAGUAAUUGGGUGUCUCGAAUCUGCAGCCACCCAGAAUGGGGAAUGCAAAAGCCCACUGGAGGGUAAGGAGCUUGAGGAAACUAUUCCAGGAUUAGCUCAAGCCAAAGAACUGGCGGAGACCUUAGUUGCCGAAGACGGAGCCGGUAUUGAUCCCAAAAGCCGUGAAGUCGUCCUCAAUGCCUGCAGAGCCGUUGGUUCCAUCAGCAACACCUCCUUUGAUAUUCGUUUCAACCCAGACAUCUUCUCUCCAGGAGUUCGCUUCCCAGAAGACAUUGCAGAAGACAUCCAGAAGCAGAAGCAGCUUCUCAAAGAUGCUGCUGCCUUCCUGGUUUCCUGUCAGAUCCCUUCACUGAUUAAAGACUGUUUGGACCACACCGCUCUGCCCAUGGACGGAGCCACGCUAACGGAGGCUUUGCACCAGAGAGGCAUUAAUGUUCGCUAUUUGGGGACAGUUCUGGAGUUUGUGGACAAGACUCCAGCGAAAACCCAACUAGAUCACUUUUAUAGAAUAGGGAUCAUUGAGCUGAUCACCAGAUGUGCAAAACAUAUUUUCAAAACAUACCUUCAGGGUGUGGAGCUUUCGGCUCUGUCAGCAGCUGUAAGUCACUUCCUCAACUGCUUUUUGAGCUCCUUCACUGACGCAGUCGCACAUCUACCUCCCGACGAGCUCGUGUCGCGGCGCAAAAGCCGCAAGCGCCGCAACAGGGUCCCAGGGGGAGGAGACAACACGGCGUGGGCCAGCCUGACGCCCAGCGAGUUGUGGAAGAACAUCGCUUCAGAGGCCCAGAGCUACUUCUACUUCAGCAUUCACUGUGAAAGUGUCGACCAGGUGGUGGAGAAAUACGGCCUUCAGAAAACCACUCUGCUCAGAGAGAUUUCAAUUAAAACGGGCAUCCAGAUUCUGUUAAAAGAAUACAACUUUGACAGUCGCCACAAGCCCACCUUCACUGAGGAGGACAUCCUGAAUAUUUUUCCCGUCGUCAAACACGUCAACCCCAAAGCCUCUGAUGCCUUCCACUUCUUCCAGAGUGGGCAGGCCAAAGUGCAGCAAGGUUUUCUCAAAGAGGGCUGUGAACUUAUCAACGAAGCCCUCAACCUCUUCAAUAAUGUGUACGGGGCCAUGCACGUGGAGAUUUGUGCCUGUCUGCGCCUGCUGGCUCGCCUUAACUACAUCAUGGGGGACCACCCUGAGGCUCUCAGCAAUCAGCAAAAGGCAGUUCUGAUGAGUGAGAGAGUUCUAGGCAUCGAGCACCCCAACACCAUUCAAGAAUAUAUGCACUUGGCUCUGUACUGCUUUGCUAACGGCCAGCUUUCCACCGCCCUGAAGCUGCUUUACCGCGCUCGUUACCUCAUGCUCUUGGUCUGUGGCGAGGAUCACCCAGAGAUGGCGCUAAUAGAUAGUAAUAUUGGGCUGGUGCUGCACGGAGUGAUGGAGUACGAUUUAUCUUUGAGAUUCCUGGAGAACGCCUUGACCAUCAACUCUAAGUAUCAUGGAGCCCGCUCCCUUAAAGUGGCUCUCAGCCAUCAUUUAGUUGCGAGGGUUUACGAGAGCAAGGCCGAGUUUCGCUCUGCUCUUCAGCAUGAGAAGGAGGGUUACACCAUUUACAAGAACCAGAUGGGUGAGGCUCAUGAGAAAACCAAGGAGAGCUCCGAUUAUCUGAAGUAUCUGACCCAGCAGGCUGUAGCCCUUCAGAGAACCAUGAAUGAAAUCUACAAGAAUGGGUCCAACGCCAGCAUAAUGCCCCUCAAGUUCACCGCCCCCAGCAUGGCCAGCGUCCUGGAGCAGCUCAACAUCAUCAAUGGCAUCAUCUUUAUACCACUGAGCCAAAAGGAUCUGGAAAACCUGAAGGCGGAGGUGCAGAGGAGGCAGCAGCUGCAGGAGCUGGGAAAGACUGAGGAUUCCAGCGAGGAAAACCCAAUGGAACUAGAAGAUAAAAUCCCUAUCGAUUAAAUAUUUCAAAAAAACAUUCAGUAAAGUACUUUUGGCUGAAGGGUGGAUCGACAGCCGUCAUCCAGCCUGUGUGGACCUGAGCAGCGAGAAGUCUAAUUCAACAAUGAAAUAACCAGCGUGAGCGAGCGAGGGAGCGAGGGAGGGGGGGUCACUGCAGGCUAUAGAAAACUGUAGGAUAAAGUACCAAGCAGAGGCUUCCUGCCAGAUAUAAUGGGGAGGAAGAUGAUGAGGCGUCAAAUCAACCCAAUGUGCAAUCGUAAAGACAACUGACGUCACUGACUGUUGGCUGCUUAGAAAUCUGAUUGUUUGGAAGGAGAGGUUUCAGUAGAGUCAAGGAGACCAAGAAUGACCAUGACCUUGUAUACCAGCGCCUUAUUCACUAUACUUUCAUCCCCAGAUCAUGUUUUUUUCUCAAGCUUCCCACAACCCUUCAAUCAAUUGCCUAAAGAGCCUCAAAGAUCUAUUGUUAUGUAGCUUCCCCUUUUAUCUUCCCCCCCAAAAGAUGCUUUGUAUGAAUGAAGCAUCCACCCUGUCCUACAACUCAGGGUUCUUUCUACUGUGCACUAAGACCAGAGAGGAGUCAUUUGAUUUUUUUUUUUGUUCAAGUGGGGCUUAAGAAUGUAACUUCCCUUCAUUGUGGCUUUUUUUUUUUUGGUCACUUUGCAGCAUCCUUUAGACACACCUGAUGGUAAAUGAAUCUGAACCAGAAUGUUCCUAUCGGAACACGUUCCCAUUUCCGAGUUUCUGUCUCUCGGAACAAACAGGAAGUUCUCUGCUUUUCAUUUCAUUCAUUUUUCAUUCUUUUUUUUAAGUAAUUUUUUUUGUAAAAGUACACAUGAUAAUCAAGAAGGAGAUUUGUGCUUGUUGAUUAGCAGUUAAUUUAAGCCAUGCUUGUUUUAUAGAAACUGUAUAGAGGUGUAAAAGAUGUAUAAAUCUCUGUUGGAUUUAGACAGGUACUUAAAUGGAGAAGACAGGUUUGAAAUAUGUCCACUUUAAAUCUUAGUUCUCUAUAAAUAUAUAAAAAAAGUUGUGCGCAAUCUUCUAUUUUUACACACUAAACGAAAACGUGUGCAUGUGUGUAUGUGUGUCUUUGUGUAGUCCAACAGGAAAUAUGUCGGACCGUUGCUGCUUUUCCGCUGCUGCGUAGUUGGAAUAGAGACUCUGCAAACAUUUGCUUUCCAAAUGUUUUAUACUUCUACAAACUGAGGCGGUUAAAUGGCUGUUUUUCAAUUUAUCCUAAAAACCGUCAUGGUGUUAAAAGUGCUGGAGAAGGCACUACGGUUUUCUCAUGUGGCUCAUUCACUGGAGCUUAGGUGGUUUAUUUUCCUUUGAUUCAUUCAAUCAUCUUUUAUUUUUAAUAUCUAACCAAGAGAGAGGUGCACUUUCUCUUGCUGUGUUUUCACGGCAUCAUGGACAGAAAUGAGGCUGCCUCAUGUUGUUGUACCAAAAGAAAGUUAAAAGCCUGAUUAAGGUUUGUUUGUUUGUAUACAUUCAAUGUAUCCCUUAAUGGCUACUCGACUGUAGCUUUAGAUGUAUGUGAUUGAAGCAAUAGAAAGAUGGUGAUGGAGAUGAUUUUUUUUAUUAUUAUUAUUUAGAAAUAAUAAAAUAAAAUGCAGUUUUUACUUGACAAAAGAAAUGCAAGAUUUAAUGUAUCAGCUUAAUUAUGUGAAAAUAAAGAAGCCACAUGCAAAUGCACACCAAACUACCAAGAAACAAGUUAAUGUUUUUCAUAUCUGAAUGGAUAGUGGGUGUUGAUGGGUAAAACUCUACGUCUGAUGUUUGCCUCCUUAUCUGGGUCUCUUGUGUCACAUUUUGAGAUAUUUUUAAAUUUUUUUUUUUUUUUUUUUUGCCAACCAUAAUUUAUACUCGCUACUAUCAACAUUCUCCACUGGGUGGCAGAGUAAAUCUUCUCCUCAUAACCACAGAGUCUAAACUUCAGUACUCUUGACUAAAUAUAUCAAAUGAUAAGUUUUGGGGUCGGCUGCAAUCUUUUUCAUAAAUUUUAAUGUUUGGGUGUCUAAGUUUGUUGCAAGACAAGUUUGCAAAGAAUGAUGUAUGUACCAACUGGAUAUUUUUUUGUCUUUUUUUUUGUUAUUAUUCCACUAUGUUUUAGCAAUUCUCCCUUACGGUGCAGCCUUGACUACAUUCAAAAUGAAACAAAAGCUGAAGUGUAAACCCUACUGCAAAUCAAUUUUAGGAAGAAAAAAAAGACUGUUUAUUGAUGUGCUAUGCAGUCGAUGGAGACUGUUAAAUGUUUAACUUACUGUUAGAAAUCCUGUGGAAAAACGCAUUCUAACAAAAGUAAGGUUUUUUUUGUAAUUUAAGAACAAAUUUGUGUGAAAUAUAACUAUUUAUCCCCAAAUAUGAACUUCAGUAAUUCCCACCAAAUUCAUUUGUUGUGUCUGUGACGCCAUAAAUGACGAGUCUCUGAAAGUUUUAUAUGGAUGAAAAUCUUCUGCUCAAAGGCUCCUUGUAUGCAUUGUUGGCAAAUCUGCUUCCUCUGAUAGUGUGUGGUAUUUGUUGCUUUACAUUCUACUUUCUUUGUCUGAGUAUGGGUUUGUAUUAAAAUAAAACUUGUAAAAUAUU